CACCCCCAGCUCUCCCAGCCUGGCUCCAGGGCAGGAAUUGCUCCAUCACCUCCUCUGGACUUGUGUUUUAACGUGACAACACUGUGUAUCAACCACAAUAAAUUGCUUCAUGUAAAGACUUAGGGGAAAAAAAGGAUAUUUAGUCCAACACAUGAUUUCUUUCCAGCUGUGGUUGUCUUUAGGGAUUAUGAAUUUCUCAGGGCUUAAUCCCCUAAUCCUCGGGAGGGUUUGUCAUCCUUAGUCGUGCAAGUGGUGCUGCUUUUCUCACUCCGGGUUGUCAUUUCUCGUAGGUGUGUCCAGCCUGCUGUGAAAUGCUGAAGGGCAAACCUGGAGAAGGGAUGAAAUCCCUCAGCUCUUAUCCCAGCAGGGAGGAACUGGGGAGCACUUGGUGUGGUGCCAUCUCAGCCCAGCUCUGGGGGGUUGAGUUACCCAAAGGUUGGGAUGAAGCUGGAGAGCUGGAAAUAUCCAGAUGUGAAGAUCCAGGGUAGCUGCUGCUUUCACUUCCCCAUCUUCAGAAGCCAGUGUUCCCUGUGCCAUGGCCCUGGAGCAGCCGGGCCGUUCCCGCCGGACCUGCUCCCUGGAUCCCAUCCUGGGCUCGUACCUGCUGGGCCAGUGGCCCCGGGACAGGGACAGCCCCCCCUGCACCAGGGACAAAGCCACCCAGAUUGCCAAGCUGAAGCAGCAGCUCCAGCGCACGAAGCUCAGCGGCAGGAAUGGGAAGGAGAGGGAGAAGAGCUGCCCAUUCCCAGGGGAUCACACGCUCCGUGGAUCACUCCAGGACACUUCCUCGGGCUUCCCUUCUCCAUGUCCCGUCCUGAGGCUCAGCCCCUGCCUGCACAGGAGCCUGGAAGGGCUGAACCAGGAGCUGGAGGAGGUGUUUGUGAGGGAACAGGGAGAUGAGGAGCUGCUGAGGAUCCUGGAUGUCCCAGACGGGCACAGGGCGCCGGCGCCCGCCCAGCCAGACCCCCUGGACACCCCCCUGGACACCCCCCUGGCCCUGGAGCCAGGAAGUGGCAGCUGGAACAGCCUCUCCUUGCCCCCCUCCCCAUCCCUGCAGAGCCCGGGAAGGCCCUCGGAGGCACAGCCGGAGCCAAAGGAGAAAGAGGGGAGCAGCCCUUCUCCAGUGCUGGCCUUUGCCUCCUCCCCUCGUCCCAACCACAGCUACGUGUUCAAGCGGGAGCCCCCCGAGGGCUGCGAGAGAGUCCGAGCCUUCGAGGAGACCCUCUGCUCCAGCCCAUCCCAGCCUUUCCAGCCUUCCUGCCCGGACAAGAACAAGGUUCACUUCACCCCCUCGGGCUCCGCCUUCUGCCCCGUCCGCCUGGUGCAGCCGCUCUUCCCGAACGUGGGAUUCCUCUUCCGGGGCUUCCCGAGAAACUUCCUGAGCUGA